AUGGCACCAACCUGUGCAGAACUAGAAGCUAGACUUGAAGAAGUCCUGGCCCAUCAAGAAACCAUUCAACAAGAAAACAAUACUUUACGUGAAAGAAUAGCCGCUCUUACAAUCCUCCCUCAAGGAGAAGUACCAGAAAAUAAUAAUACACAAAAUACCAACACCAUCCACGAGUUUUCACAUGUUGGGAAGCCUGAGUCUUUCAAAGGUCUUCAGGACACUGCAAUCCGUAUCGAUACACGCUGGUUUGAAAGACAAGUAGAGAAAGGUUGGGUCGAACUCGAUGGAGGUCUCGUAGAAAUCUAG